AUGGCAGCAGAAGCGAUUGCACGCUGCAGUGACAGGAUGGCAGGCAGCAGCGAGCAAUGGCAGCAGAAGCGGUUGCACGCCGCAGUGAAUGGAGUGGUGACGCUGCUCCCAGUGGUCCUGGAGAACGAGAAGGUGCAGGUCUUCCAGAGUGGGCUCAGUGCGGUGCUGGAUACGGAUUUUGGGCUCCGGGUGACCAGCUACUACAAACACACCUGCGGCCUCUGCGGCAACUACAACCUCAAGCCUGAGGAUGACGUCCCCCAGGGUGGCAGUGACCUCACCGCCGUGCUGGCCUGGGCUAAAGGCUGGAAAGUUCCAGACGAUGACGAUCCGUUUUGCUGGGAUUAUUGUGAAGGCACCUGCCCGGUGUGCGAGGAGGAGAAGAGGGAGCUGUAUGGCGGCAACCAGUACUGCGGCCUCAUCAAAAAAACCUUCCAGGGGCCCUUCCAGGCUUGCCACGACGUCGUCAAGCCCAAAGAUUUCUACCGCAACUGCCUCUAUGACGUGUGCAUGAGUCACGGGGCAAAGCAAAUCCUCUGCCAGGUGCUGGAGGCGUACGCAUCCACCUGCAAGAAGCACGGGGUCGUCGUGCGUGACUGGAGGACACCCUCAGGCUGCCCAUUACCCUGCCCCCAAAACAGCCACUACGAAGCCUGUGGCAACGCCUGCCCAGCCACGUGCGCCAACCGAGACGCGCCUACCAAUUGCAUCCAACCCUGUGUAGAGACAUGCGCCUGCAACGAGGGCUACGUCCUCAGUGGUGGCCAGUGUGUGGCCAUGGCCAGCUGCGGCUGCACCCGUGACGGCCGCUACUACCGCCCUGGUGAAGAGUUUUGGGGUGAUGAGUCCUGCCAUUCUUGGUGCAAGUGUGACCCAGAUUUGGGCAUGGUGGUGUGCAAGGAAACCAGGUGCAAGGCAGACGAGACGUGCACCAUGGUGAAUGGUGUGCGGCGGUGUGUGGCCAAGACCCGCUCGAUCUGUGUGGCCACCGGUGACCCCCAUUACACCACCUUCGAUGGUCGGCGCUAUGAUUUCAUGGGCACCUGCAUCUACCAGUUGGCUGCCCUCUGCUCUGAUGACCCCACCCUUGUCCCCUUCACUGUCACUGUACAAAACAACAACCGGGGCAGCCACGUGGUCUCCUUCACCAAGGAGGUCACCUUAAACGUCUACAACAUGACCCUCAGCCUCAGCCAGAUGCACCCCCAGAAGCUCCAGGUCAACGGGAUCCUGGUGGACCUGCCCUUCAGCCAUGGCAAUAAGCUCCAUGCCUACCUCAGAGGCGUCCACGGCUUCAUCAAGACCGACUUUGAUGUCAUCGUCACCUUCGACUGGUACAGCUACACCAGGGUCAUCCUCCCCAGCACCUACUCUCAGGCUGUCUGUGGCCUCUGCGGCAACGCCAAUGGUGACCCCCAGGAUGACUUCGUGUUGCCCAGCGGGCAGCUGGCUGCUGACGAAAUCCAAUUUGCCGACUCCUGGAAAGUGGCCGACGUCCCCGGUUGCCAGGCCGGUUGCACCGAGAAUUGCGAAGUUUGCACCGAAGCGCAGAAACGCACCUACCAGGGUGACAAACACUGCGGGAUCCUGAUAAAGAAGUGGGGACCCUUAGCUGCCUGCCAUGACACCAUCAACCCAGCCCCCUACUUCAAUGAUUGUCUCUUUGACGCUUGCAUCUACAAGGGGCAUCAGGACAUUGUCUGCCAGGCCAUCAGUGCCUACGUCACCACCUGCCAGAGCCAGGGCAUCCGCAUCAAGCAGUGGCGCACUGCCAUCUUCUGCAGUCCCAUCUGCCCCCCGAACCAGCACUACGAGCUCUGCGGCCCCCCCCUGCCCUGCCACCUGCCGCGGGCAGCGAGAGGCGGAGGAAUGCGACGACCCCCCACCAUUGCAUCCGAAGGCUGCUUCUGCGACGAGGGCUCCUUCCUCAGUGGUGACACCUGCGUCACCUUGCCCCACUGCGGCUGCUUGCACCAGGGGCGCUACUUACAAGGCGGUUUCGCCGGCACCUGCACCUACACACUGGCGGCCGUUGAGGCUGCCGGCCCCAGCGACACACUGAUGCCCUUCAAGGUGGAGGUAGAGAAGGAGAGCGGCCAGGGGGCACCCGUCAUCCGCCAGCUGCUGGUCACCGUGCUUGGUGUCACCGUGGGCAUGGCCAGGGGCACCUCGUGGGAGGUGACGGUGGACGGCGAGCAGCACCUUCUGCCGCUGACGCUGGCCGAGGGCGCCAUGACGGUGUCCCAGGAGGGUGCCCACCGGGUGCUGCGGGUGCGCGACGGCCUCAAGCUCCUCUACAACGGUGAUGCCUAUGCACUGCUCACCCUCCCCGAUGCCUACCGCCAGCGCACCACUGGCCUCUGCGGCGACUUCAACAGCGAUGCCAGCGAUGACCUCAGCGCCCCCCAAGAGCUGGGGGAGCCAACGGGACCCUUUGCUGGGUGCCACGCGGUGGUGACACCACAGGAGUACCUGGAGGGCUGCAAGCAGGAGCAGUGCACACAAGGCACCAAGGCGCUGUGCCACAGCCUGCAGGCCCUACGCCGCUGCUUGCCAGGCCGCCGGCGGGCAGCUGCAAGAGUGGCGGGAGGCUGCCAACUGCCCUGUGACCAUGCCUGCGCCAGCGUCUUGGGCGGCGCCCCAUGCACCACCAAGUGCUUCGAGGGCUGCCAGUGUGACAGCGGCUUCCUCUUCAACGGCAACGAGUGUGUCGUGCCCGAGGGCCUGUGGCUGCAUGCACCAUGGCCGCUACUUCAAGAUUUUGCCAUCUUUGCACGGGGACACCGGUCGCAGACGCUGUCCCCUGCCUGUCUCGCCUCACAGAUCACCCAGACCGUCCUCUCCCCCGACUGCAGCAAGCGCUGCAGGUGCCAGGCGGCAGGUGGCAUGCAGUGCCAGGAGGCCGGUUGCCCCUUCGGCAAAGUCUGUGGCAUGAGGAACGGUGUCCGCACCUGCGUGGAGCAACUGGGACGUUGCCUUUUGGCCCCCGCCACCCACUUCGUCUCCUUCGAUGGAGCCACCGGCACCACCGUGGCCACCGGCAUCUAUGUGGCGUCCACCUUGUGUGACCCUCACGACGCCGCUUGGUUCCGGCUCUUGGCAGAUGUUGGGGAGAAGGGGGAGCGGCCAGCUGUGGCGGCCCUGCAUCUCUUCAGCUCCAAGGCCUUCGUCACCAUCAAGAGGGACCAGAAGGUCUGGGGCACUUCGCCCCAUCCUUACGAUGGUGGGACUUCACCCCAUGUUGGGUUCCACCACCCUGGAGAAGGACAGUGGUGGAGAAAUGACCCAGGUCCUGGCAGUUUCAUCCUGAUUUAUAUUUUAUUUUGA